AUGGCGGUCCUUCUUGAAACGACGCUCGGCGAUAUUGUGAUUGAUUUAUUCACAGACGAAAGGCCGAAAGCUUGUCUCAAUUUUCUGAAAUUAUGCAAGAUAAAAUACUACAACUACUGCCUUAUCCACAAUGUACAGAGAGAUUUUAUCAUCCAAACUGGGGACCCUACUGGAACAGGGCGGGGUGGCGAGUCGGUCUACUGCAAACUUUACGGGGACCAGGCCCGUUUUUUCGAUUCAGAGAAAGCACCGCGCAUUAAACACAGAAAAAAGGGGACAGUCUCUAUGGUUAAUAAUGGGAGUGACCAACAUGGUUCACAGUUCCUUAUUACCACUGGUGAAAACCUGGAUUACCUGGAUGGCAUGCAUACCGUUUUUGGGGAAGUGUCAGAGGGCUUGGAUGUGCUGUCUAAAAUCAAUGAGACGUUUGUCGAUACAGACUUUGUCCCAUUUCAGGACAUCAGAAUAAACCAUACUGUGAUCCUUGAUGACCCAUUUGAUGAUCCGCUGGAUCUUCCAGUUCCUGAUCGGUCUCCUGAGCCCACCAAAGAGCAGCUAGACAGUGGAAGGAUUGGAGCAGAUGAAGUCAUAGACGAGACUGAUGGGAAAGCAGUUGAAGAAGUCGAGGAGCGGAUCAAGGAGAAAGAAGCCAAAACCCGCGCAAUCCUGCUUGAGAUGGUGGGCGACCUGCCUGAUGCAGACAUAAGGCCUCCAGAGGACGUGCUGUUUGUGUGCAAACUAAACCCAGUGACCACAGAUGAGGAUCUUGAAAUCAUCUUUUCUCGUUUUGGACCUAUUAAAAGCUGUGAAAUCAUUCGUGACUGGAAGACUGGGGAGUCACUCUGCUAUGCUUUUAUUGAAUUUGAAAAGCAAGAGGACUGCGAGAAGGCCUACUUUAAAAUGGACAAUGUGCUCAUAGACGAUCGGCGCAUUCAUGUUGACUUCAGCCAGUCUGUGUCCAAGAUCAAAUGGAAAGGAAAAGGUGGGAAGUACACCAAAGAAGAUUUCAAGGCGUAUGAAAACGACUUGGAGAAGCGAUCCAAACUGACUCUGAAAGAUCAAGUGAAGCCCAAACAAGAUUCCCGAUAUGACCUUCUUUUGGAUGAAGAUGAGGAGCAAGAACAUCGUCAUUCUGAGAAAAAACACAAAGAGAAGAGACAUCAUCAUCAUCAUUCGGAUGACGAAUCGAGCAAAUCCAAAAAAUAUAAGGACGAUAGGGACAACCGGCGGGACAGGAAGCAAGACCGAAAACGCUCCCGUUCACGUUCCCGCUCCAGGGACAGGGAUCGCAGGCACGACAAAUCCUGGGACAAACACGAGAAAGAGAGACGAGACAGGAGUCGAAAGAGUCGGAGUCGUUCGCCCAGGAAGUCUCAGGACAAAGUCAGGAGCAGAUACAGAUGA